AUGAACGAUGAGCCCUCGACCUCCGCACAGCCCGCCCAAGAUGACAUCCCACCAGCACCCCAUGCGCUGCCUAGUGCGAAGCAGAUCGAAGAGAGGAGGAAGAAGAACAGGGAAAACUUCAAUAAGAGACGUGGAGAGCUGCUGGACGACCUCAUCAAGAGCGUCGACUUACUCGUCUAUGCCGAGCUGAGCACCAUCUACUAUAUGGACUGCUCAUUCUUGACAUUCCUCCUACGCGCCGUCGUACAGCUCAUAUGGCUUACGCCCAAGCCGGCCAUGUUUCCUGAACCUCCCCCGAACCGGCCGUACAUCGGCAUGAUCUUCGGCACCAAUAUCCUGUGUCUGCUGCUACACAUGUGGAGCAGCGCACCGUCGGCAGGGGAAGCAACAAGAGGAUAUCUGCAUGGGGGCAUGGCGAUGGACUUCAUAGGUCAGAAAGGGCCAUCGAGCAAGCUGCAUUUGCUUCUACUGGACUUGCUUGUCGUGCUUCUACAGACAGUACACCUCUCAGUCCUGGUCUUGCGACAGAGACUGAGACAGAGCCCAGCGAUUGCGGUCACGACAUCGACAGGAAGCCAGUAUCCAGCGCAACCCACUUCUACGGGUCAGACGGUGGAGGACGAAGAGCGGGGUGUGCGGCGCUCAGUUGAGCAAGAGAAUCGCGAUGCCAUAGAGAUGCAGACCUUGAACCCAGCAGGCACGGCGGCAGAAUCGACACAGACUACGAACGAGGAAGCCUCUUCCGAGCAAGAAGCCCUGUUAGCAUCAACUUCGAUGCCCCAACACACCGACGCUCGCAUCUUCGACGCCUUUAAUUCUGGGCAGAUCGUCCUUGGAGACUUCGACCUGCUCAAGACGGUGAAGGAACAAUUCUUGGCGUAUCAAAAGGCACCACGGGACGCGAAUUUAGCAGAGGCAAAUCGUCUCAUGCGGGAGAGACUUGCAGCUCGAAUGCUUAGGUGGCGGUUCGAGGCGCCUACGGUUAUGGGAAGGACUGUUGGAUAG